AUGCCGACCGAACUUGAAGAGCUGGUGGAAUUCCUGCACCAUGGCAACACCCAAAUCAGACAAAUCGCUUGCGAGAAUCUCGUCGGCUUCUCCACGGCUCAGCCUGCGUUGUUUAAGCGCCAUCAACUCCUCCCUGUCCGCGAUUUAAAGCUUCUGGUCCGCGAUUACACUCCAAUUGCGAAGAAUGCAUUGAUAAUCUUGAUCAACCUGUCUAGCGAUGAAGAGGUGUUGAAACUUCUCGCGGAGGAUGAGUUCAUCGAGGACUUGCUUGCGAAAUUGACUAAUGUCGAGGAGCCCAACGCCGACGAAGUGGCCAUGCUUUUGGCCAAUCUCGUCAAAAGCGAAAACCUACAGAAACUGCUCACUCUCAAGCGAAAAGCCCCCGAAUCCGUAUCUACCUCCCAGAACGCGAUCGAUCAACUGAUGGACUGCUUUGUAAAGGGCGCUGAGGGUGCGCUCAACAAGCGCGCCAAUUAUGAUUACCUUUCAUACGUGUUUGCCGACCUGUCUCAGACGGAAAAGGGCAGAGCCUAUUUCACCCAACGUCAAGAGUACGAUGAUGUGGUCCCUAUCACCAAGCUGACGGUGUUCACGGAGCACAAGAGCGAUAUUCGGAGGAAGGGCGUUGCAUCCACAAUCAAGAACGUGGCUUUCGAAGUCGAUGCACACCCAAUGCUCUUUGACGAGGACGGGGCCAACCUUCUGCCUUACCUGUUACUCCCACUUGCAGGUCCAGAGGAGCUGUCAGAUGAAGAUACUGCGGACAUGCUGCCAGAUCUUCAGCUCCUGCCGCCCGAUAAGCAACGAGACAGCGACCCCACCAUUAUCACGACCCAUCUCGAAACAUUGCUUCUCUUGACCACAACUCGGGAUGGCCGGGAUAUUAUGCGAGCAGUCAAGGUCUACCCUUUGAUCCGUGAAACCCAUUUGCAUGUUGAAGACGAGAAUGUGACGGAGGCAUGCGACCGGUUAGUGCAGGUUCUGAUGCGAGAUGAGGAAGGUGAAGGCGAAGGAGAGCCCGAACAACCUAAAGUUGAGGCGCCUAAAAACGAGGAUGAAGAUGUUGUAGAACUGUUUUAA